ACAUUUCAAUAUUUUUUUUGUUUUCAGUGGAAUGUUCUUUGAAAAACAUCUGAAAUUCAUAAAACUCAAUGAAGAAUUUGUGCCUUUCACAAAGAUGAACCUUAGUUAUUUGCUGAAGGAGAACUAUGACAACGGUUUUGUAAGAAAAGUGUACCAAAGUCCAAUCAUAAACUACCAAGAUCUCAAAGACGGGAAGGUGAGACAUAAUGUUCCCACUAGAAUUAUUUAUAAAACAAAGGAAGAAUAUAAGCUAAUUACAAAAAAGUUGGGACUGAUGGAUGAUUUUAAGAGUGGUGUACCAAGGACUGCCUAUAAAGGAAUUGUAACUUUUUACUUUAAAGGAAAAAUGGUACAUCUAACACCUGAUGCAAUAUGGACAGGCUACAACAUUUCAUGGAGUUAAUUAAUAAUUACAACUGAUUGUGGAUGGUGCCUCUACCUACGGUACUUAUGUCCAAUGUGGCUGCCAGCAAUAAAAAAUGUUUCUGUCUAUUUUGGGAGUUCUAACUUAGCGUACCUUACUCACCCACUUAUGAAUUUAGUGUUCUUGAAUUGAAAGAGUUGAUAGUAAGACAACUAGUUUGAAAGUGCUGGCAUGCCCCAGAAGUCCAGGUUAACAAAGUACCAGCAGUGGGUGCAGAAGCAAAUUGUUCUCUCUUUUGUAUAUCUCUUCCUCUUCUUAGUUAAUUAAUUUAUUAUUCACUUGUGAUAUUUUUGACUCCAAAACGGAUUUUUUGAAAAUUCAAUUGUUAUACUAUAAGUACUAAAUUGUUGAAUACUUUUGUAUAUAAAAGUAAAAUUCACAUGUCUUGUAAAUAAUGGUGAUAAAUAAAUGAGCAAAUUAUGGUUGUGA